GAGAGCAUGGAGAUCUGCAAUUCCUUCUUCGCAAUAGUUCGGCAGUCCGUCAUCGAUCGGAAACGACUUAGGAUCCCAGGGGAAUUGAUUCAGAAAUACAAGGAUGAACUCUCUGACAUUGUCAAGUUCUGUCUCCCUAGUGGUGGUGAAUGGGUCGUGCACUUUAAGAAGAAUAAGAAAAUGGCAUGGUUUGAUGAUGGUUUUGAGAGCUUCAUGGAGGAUAACUCUAUUGGCAUCAACUACUUGUUGCUCUUCAAAUAUACAAAAGACUCGCGAUUUAAUGUCCAUAUUUUUGAUCUGACUGCGACAGAAAUUGAUUAUCCAUGUAACUCUCAUGGUGCUCAGAAGAGAUGUGACUCCGUGAAGGGAAUCCUGGGUGGUGGUGGGGAUUGCAGCAGCGGAGAUGAUGGGAUUGAUCAGUCUAUCUUUGGCUCUGGCAUGAAACGACAGAGAACAACUUCACUUAAAGAGCAAAGAAUGUAUCACUCUUAUGAAAGCAAGGUGAGAAAAGUGAAGGAGAGGAGUGUGAUUUUAGAAGGGAGUGAUGAUGCAAACAAACAUAACAUUCCUAAAAGGGAGAAAAUAGAAGGGAAUGUUGUGUUUCAGAACCCUCAUGUCGCAGUCAGGCUGACAGAAUCCAAUGUAUUACGUAUAAGUAUGUACGUGGCAGCGGACUUUGUAAGAAGUCUUCUGCCGGGUAAACCUAGAUCUAUAUAUCUUGAGGAUGAAAAUGGGAAGAGAUGGAUAGUGAAGUGUAGAUUCAGGUCAAGGAGGGUGAGUCAUUUGUCGUAUGGGUGGCGACCUUUUGUUCAGCACAAAAAACUAGUAGCGGGAAAUGUUUGUGUUUUUGAGUUGGUCAAGGAUUCCCCAGCUGAUAAACCUGUAUUGAAGGUGUACAUAUUCCCUUCCUGGGAAGACUUGCCCCAGAUUGCCUCGCAUUAGUUCAAUAGCUAGCUAUGUUUGGGUUUAAUUGUCAAGUCCUUUUGACAUUAGGUCAGGUCGGCUCAGGACAGGAGAUCAAUCUAAGUAUCUAAUAUUCUCCUGCCAUUAAUCUCUUUAAUUUCAUUACACAGCUUUGACUCCUUGAAUCUUUGUUUCAACCACAAUAUCAGCACAAAGUGCAACCCCAUAUUUCGUAUUUUAUAUUCAUUAAACUCAAAGAUAUUGUCCUGUCAAGUAG